GAUAAACAGAGAUGAACACAAUAACGGGACCAGUGACCGGUCAACGACAUCCUACGCAGCAUCGGAUGAUAAGUACUCGCGGUCGCAGUCACUUUUAUAACCUCAAUAGAACAACAAGCCCCGAAUAUUAAAGUGAACAAUGGUAAGCCAUUUACCAUUUGCCACAGGGCCCUUUAGUCCUGCCAUGGUCGAUAUUAUGCUGGGUUAUAAGAAAGACAGUGCGUUUUUCAGGCUUUAUUACCCCACCGAGGAGAAAUUGGACACUGAGGAGCAACGAAGCAAAUGGCUCAGUUGGCUUCCGGACGAGUCCUACCUGGACGGUAUAGCGAAAGUCCUGCUUAUUUACAAGUUUUUUUUGAAGAUCGCCUUCUGGUGGACAGAUGACACCAAAAUACCCGCUUUAUAUGGGGCGAAACCUAAAAUAACAGAACCGCUUAAGUUAAUAGUGAUGUCACAUGGGUUGGGCGGAAACAGGUUCUUGUAUAGCAACGUUUGCUGCGAGUUGGCUUCAAGAGGGUUCUUGGUGGCAGCAUUAGAACACAGGGAUCAUUCCGCGUGCCACACGUUUUAUUACGCGAGCCAAUCGGAUGCGGAAGAAGACAAGAAGACCCCAAUAGAGUUCAGACACGUCAAGUUCGGUAAGGACCACUACCCGCGAAGAAACGAACAAAUAAAAACGAAAUCGCACGAAUGCGUUCAGGUUUUGGAUUUUUUUAAAAACGUACGCGGGGGUCGUAACGUGAUGGACGCCACCCCGACGCAUAAAAACCGAAAGAUCGACUUUAAACUGGAACAGUUGAUGGGCAAAUUGGACCUCGAUAGUUUCGGGAUAAUGGGACACUCGUUCGGGGCCGCCACUGCCCUCUACACUCUGGCUAAUGUAGCGGAACUUAGGUAUGCGGUUCUGUUGGAUCCCUGGAUGUUCCCUAUAAAAAAUGAGAGUUUGCGUGAAAAACUCGCGGGUCGCCCGGUUAUAUUUAUUAAUACGCAAACGUUUCAUAUUGCCGCGAACGUUAGGGCAAUGGCGGAGUUUGCUAAUAAGGAAAACGUCGAAAUGUACACCAUAAAGCAUACCACCCAUGAAAACCAGACCGAUUCGGCGCUGCUGGUCGGUUGCUGGUUGAACUGGUUCAUGAGGAAACUGGAUCCACUGUUGGCCUUGAAAAUCAAUAAUGCCCUGGUGCUUAAGUUUCUUAAUCGACAUUUAAAGUGCCCCGCUGACGUCUCGGAUUGCUUGGAAUUAUUGGAAAGCGAGAAGGAAAAUGUGGAGGAAGGACUUACCAAACCUUGGGCAUAAAAGAAAUACAGUUAUUAUUUUUCGGUUUAAUGGGAAACCGGUUUCUAAUAUAGGCCGCCAUCUUGGAAGCAUUUAGUAGAGAUGGGCCUAAAACGCGACAGUGAGUGCUCUAAUAGAGAUGGGCUGUAUUUUAAAUUACAUUUUCUAUAUUGUAAAUAUAUCAUAUAACAAAAAAA